AUGGACGUUGUGGUGAGGACCAAUGAAAGGGAAGAAGCGAGUCAAAGACUGAGCAAUUCUUCCUCGGAAGAGGAGGAGUUAAAUUUAGAUGGGGCACAAAGAAACGCAGACAACGUUUUGUUCCAGGUAUCUUCCAAGGAAGUGGAGAACCGUUCAAAUGUUGAUGAUGAAACAGGAGAUUUGGAGAAAAACGUUCUCAGCUGCCUUGUUCUUCAUCUCCAGGAAGAGGAAGAGAGCGACGUGGAACCCCUGAAAGCAGAUUAUCUGAGCAGCUUUCCACCUCUGAAAGGGACUCGGAUCCGUACUGCCAAGUUCCACGUUCUGUACACCACUCUAGGCAAAACAAUAGAAAAUAUCAAACGCCGACGCUCCAGACUGAUUAAUUCAUCCAAAUUGCUCUACCAGGAAUACAGCGAUGAUGCCCUGAACAAAGCCAUCCAGAGCCAAAAACAGGUCGAUUCCCUGUCCGAAGAAGCAGAACCGCUAUCCCCAAAGCUGCGGAGGAAAGUGCCGAUCUCUCAGGACUCCUACUUACAACGCCUGUCCGUCUCGUCGGGCUCUUCAUUGUGGCAGGACAUCCCCAUGGUGCGAGGCAGCACCAUGUUGCUUAGCAUGACCCGCGAGGAGCAGAAGCUGCAGGAGGCCAAGUUUGAACUGAUUGCAUCCGAGGCCUCUUACCUGCGGAGCCUGAACGUGGCCGUGGACCACUUCCAGCACUCCCAGGAGCUUCAGGGGGUUUUAAGCACUCAGGACAGACAGUGGCUUUUCUCCCGUCUUCAGGAUGUCCGGGACGUUAGCGCCAACUUCCUCUUUGAACUGGAAGAGAAGCUUGAGGAGAACAUGUUCACCUUCAACGUCUGUGACGUGGCGCUCAGAAACGCACCAGAAUUUCGCAGGGUUUACUUGCCGUAUGUGACCAACCAGACCUAUCAGGACCAGACUUUUCAGAGACUGAUGAAUGGGGUUCCUGCUUUCCAACAGGUCUUGGAGAAACUGGAAAGUGACCCGCUGUGCCAGCGCCUCUCCCUCAAAUCCUUCCUCAUUCUUCCAUUCCAGCGCAUCACACGACUGAAGCUCCUUCUCCAGAACAUCUUAAAAAGAAUUCCACCCGGGGCCGACGAAGAGGUCCAAGCCACCCAGGCAUACGACGCUCUUGAGAAGCUCAUCAAAGACUGCAAUGCAAACGUCCAGCGUAUGAAGAGCACCGAAGAAUUAAUUCACUUAAGUCAAAAUAUGGAGUUUGAGUGCAAGAUUUUCCCACUGAUCUCGCAGUCCCGGCGGUUAGUGAAACACGGAGAGCUUACAGCUCUGGAGUACAAUAUCAGCUUGAAGUGGAAACUGACCACCCGACCCAUCUACCUCCAUCUCUUCAACGAUUACCUGCUUCUGUCUCGACCCAGGGAGAACGGGCGCUUCAUCGUGUUUGACUACGCCGCCUCCUCGCACGUGCGUGGGGAGAAGUGUGAAAUGAAACUGCACGGCGACAACAAAAACCUUUUCCGCCUUUUCCUGCUGCAGAACAAUCAGGGCAAGAAAGUGGAGUUCCUCUUCCGCACAGAAACGCAGAGUGAGAAACUGCGGUGGAUUUCUGCUCUGAUGCCACAACAGCCGGAACCUGACCUGUUGGAUGAUUCUGAUGCCCCCCAGGUGCAGUGCGUGAAAUCCUACAAAGCGCGAGAGCACGAUGAGCUGACUCUGGAGAAAGCCGACAUCAUCAUGGCCUUGCAGCAAAGCAGUGACGGCUGGAUUAAAGGCGUGAAGCUCUCCGACGGGGAGAGAGGUUGGUUUCCUUUGGAUCACGUGGAGGUCAUCUCCAGCAAGCAGAUCCGACAGAUGAACCUGAAGGAGGAGCAGCGGGUGAAAAAUGCCAAACAGCAGGUCUUUCGCAGGAGAUAAGGGCCCCCCUCUCCAGAAGACCCCACCCCACCAC